UCGCCGCCGCAACCUGCAGUGCCGCCAUCAUGGACACGAGUCGCGUGCAGCCCAUCAAGCUCGCCUGGGUUACCAAGGUGCUGGGCAGAACCGGCUCGCAGGGACAGUGCACGCAGGUGCGUGUGGAAUUUAUGGAUGACACAAGCCGCUCCAUCAUCUGCAAUGUGAAAGGCCCUGUGCGUAAAGGGGAUGUGCUCACCCUUUUGGAGUCAGAGAGAGAGGCUCAGAGAUUGCGCUGAAUAUGUUGAAUGCUUUGGAUCUGUUUACAGUGUCCUGGAUCCACCAUUUGGCCCUCAAGAUGACCUGCAAUGUCAAAUAAAGCGUUUUGUAUUGUUAACUUG